AUGCGAGAUAACAGACGGAUCGUGUUCUCGUUGUUGGGGAUCUAUCGUAAUGCGAACAGUCCUGAGAUGAAGGUUUCCAUGACCCAGAGUAUCCAGGCUAUAGCCUACAAGACUGUCAUGAAUGGGACGACAAAGUCUAGGACCACCACACGGAUAGGACCUCGCCGCGACUUGAUCCCCUCUAUCCCUAUCCCCAACGGCACCAACAAUACCGACGCUAACGCUGAGAUGCGAGAACCAAGAGCAACAAGCAUGACCGGCAACGACGCCCGUGAGCCAUGGUCGACACACCAAAAACAACAACAUUCGGAGAACGAGGACGAAGGAAAAGGAACCAAUAAGGAGCUGCAGCAGCAGGAAGAAGCUAACAACAACAAUGAUGAUGACGAUGCUGGGGACUAUUUUCCUUCACCACAAUUACCACCAUUAGUGCCAAGAGAGCCCAGUCCUGAACAGGAACAUUUCUUGUUUAUUUCUUAUUCUUUCAACAAUAACAUCACCAACAUCAACCAUGAGCAGGGUGCUGCUCAUGUUCCUGACUGUAAUACCAGUCCAAAUGUCGGAGACGAAAUUUGCGAACGUACAGAUCUAGCUCUCAACCAUCGUCAAACCCAACAACAACAACAACAACGACGACAGCGACAGGAGUGCCUCGAAUUGGACCUCGAAAUGGACGAAUGGAGGACCUGCGAGCAGGAUGAGCAGGGCGAAGGGGAUCAGAGCGAUUUUUCAGACUUUAACGAUUUCUCCGAGGAGGAGCAGAACCAGCUAUUUGAGGAGAAUGGGGGUGGGCUAGUUGACGAGGAUGAGGAUUUGGAAAUGUGGGGGGAGGGGGGAGGGGGAGGACGAGAGAGGCAUGGAGGGAUUUAA